UAGACUUGUGGAGCAGUGGAGACAGAAGUGAUGGGUGUGUGCAGUCCCUUUCAGUCUAGCUCAGGACAUGGGCUGGGGAGCCGGAGAGAAUACAGGUCUUCAGGCAGGAGACCCUGGUUUGAUUUCCUGGUGCCACAUACUCCCCCCACCCCCCAGCGCAGAGCCAGGAGUAGGCUCUGAUCUCUACAAGCUGUGGCCCAGAUUCUACUCGCCUCCCCUCCAAAACCAGGACAUGGGAAGGUGACCCUCACUCAGGAACUGGCCCUGCCAGGAAUCCCAGCUCCCAGGGCAGUCUCACCUGCCAGAGCUCUUAGGGCUGCUGGGAUGGGGGGGCCCAAGACUGAGUGAACAUCCACCUGCAGCCUCAUCGUCCAGCAACUCACAGCAAGCGAUGCACCUGUCCUUGGCCACCCGUGGCUACCAGCUCUGGCAGCUGCUCCGCUCCAGCCUCCACAGCGUUGUGGAGAAGGAGAAGACCGCUGAGCUGUGUGAGACGCACUUGACACAUGGGCUGGAGCCAGUGCGCAUUCUCAAGGUGGCAGCAGGGCUGAAGUCUGUGGUGCAGGGCUUGGAGGGGAACCGUUUUGUGGUGCUGGAUGGUGCAGGCUUCCUGCACCUGUACCGGGACAGCGGCAUUGUGGAGAAAAAAGUCAAGGCCCCAGUGGCACUGGCAGGGCUGGUGAAAGUGCUAGGCCAGCUAGAUGCUGUGAGUGGCUUUGUAGGCUGGGGCCCCUUCGGGUUGGCCCUCCUGAGGCCGGAUUUCAGCCUGCUAUGGUUGAGUGAGCCCAGGAAGAAGAGGGUGCCUGAACACAACCCCAUCUGCUGCAUGCUGGUGCCAGAUCAGGAGCAGCUGCUGGUGGCCGAGGCAGGAGGAGGCCUGUCCCUCUGGAAGUUCCAUGCAGGAGGGCAUCUCCUGGUGCCUUUUAGACCAUUUCUACAGCCAGAGCCAAGUCCUAGAGGUGCACUUGUUCGGCUGGUUCUGGGUCCUGAGACAGCCCAGGGCUCCUGCUGCUGCUUCGCUGUGUUCAGCUCUGAGGUGUUCACCUUUGACUUGCACACCUGGACCUUCACAGAUGUGCGCAGGAAUCUCCAUAAAACUACCAUCAUGGACCUGGUAUACUGCGGAGAGCUGAAGGUCACAGUCACAGCUUCCCGUGACAGCACAGUGAAGGUGUGGGAGGCAGACUGGCAGAUCAGGAUGGUGUUCCUGAGCCACACAGGCCCAGUAACAGCUCUGGCUCUGCUUCCCGACACGACCCUGGUGGUAUCAGCCUCACAGGACGGGACGAUGCGCACGUGGGAUCUGCAGGAAGCGGCGCAGGUGGGAGAGGUGGUGCUGGACUGCCCAGGACCAAACCAGCCGCUGGGGCAGGUGACCCGCCUGUUGCCGCCCCCCGACCUGGGCCGCCCACUGCUCUCAUUGCGCGUCUCGAGCGUGCAGCUGUGGCGCUUGCGCACGCUGUACUCGCCCCUGGCGCAGCUGUCGGCGCCGGUGCUGCACCUACAGGUGGCACCCCCGCCGCCAGGGCCGAUGCAGUCCCCGCUGCAGCCCCCACUGCCGACGCGCCUCGUGUGCGCCUGCGCCGACGGCUGGGUCUAUCUGGUGUCGGUGGUGACCGGGCUAACAGUGACCGCGCUGCUGCUCCAGCCCGACGACUGCGCAGCCGCAGUGGCCUACUGCCUGCCGUGGGAGGUCCUGUGCGUGCUGACGCGCAACGGCCACCUGGUGUUCGCCACAUCCGCCUGCUGCCCCAUGCGCGUGCUGCACCGAGAGCGCCCGCCGCUGCCCCCCGGCCCCCGGCCCUGCUGCUUGCACCUUUACAGCCACUUCUCGGACCCCAAAAGCGCGUCCGACACUUGGGAGAUGGUGCGCCAGCGCGGGGCUGAGGUGCGAACCUUGGACGUGGCCAACACCUGGAAGGACAAGAACCGGUACCUGACCCUGGUAGGACACACGAAUGGCACACUGGCGGUCCUGGACUUGUUCUCCUGGAAAACCACCUUCCACACAGACGCACACUGCCCUACUCCCGUCACAGCCAUCGAAUCCACCUGGAACAGUGUCGUCACCUCAGGGGAAGACCUGAUGGUGAAGGUGUGGCGAAUCUUCCCCUAUGCCGAGGAGAGCCUUAGCCUGCUAUGCACCUUUGCCUCCUGCCACCGGGUGGUAGCACUGUGCAUCCUGGGCAGGACCAUUGCCAUGGCCUUCGAGGACCCCAACAAUGCCACCUAUAGCUUGGUGCACCUCAGCCUGGACCAUGGCAUCCGCCAUGACCACCGGCCCCAGGAUGACCCCACUGACCACAUCACCAGCCUUUGCUGUUGCCCCUCACUGAAGCUGUACGCCUCCUCCAGCCUGGACCGCACUGUCCGCAUCUGGACAGCAAAGAACCGCCUGCUGCGACUCAUGCUGCUGGAUGGGACCCCUCAGGCUCUGGCCUUCUGUGGCAACAGUGGGGACCUGGUGUUGGCACUCGGCUCCCAUCUCUGCCUCAUACCACACAGCCUUUACUUGCCCACAUUCUACCUGCUAAAGAAACUGUGCCAGAAAACUCCCAAAGUGGUAGAUGACCCUCCGUUGCCUCUUACCUGCCAUGCGUCGCUGACCACAGUCCAGCUGCAGAGGCUUACCCUGCAGGGGACAGCCAGCUGCAGACAUCCCAGCAGGCUCUCAGAGCUGGCCCUCAAGCCCUCACCCAGCACCUGCGGCACCGCCUUGCCACCCAGUCCCACCACACUUCAGCAGCCUGAGCCUGAGGAGGACUUGGAAGCCCUGAUCCGCCGGGACCAUGACCUGCAGAAGCUGAGACUGGGACUGGUGUUACCAGUGCGGCAGAUCUUGUUGUCCUUGUGGCAGCACCAAGAGGCCUUCGAGAACUACCUGAGUGCCAUCUAUGGCGUUGACCUGAAGGAACUGUCCCCAGGCCAUGCCACCCAGGGCUGGUGCUCCAUGAACCUCUCCCUGGAGAGGGAAGCCAGUGCCAGCUCCCUUUUCCUGAAGGCUGAGGACCACCUGGCUCCAGAGGCCACAAGGAUCUCGGACACGCCCUCUGACCACCCUCCCAGAGUUUCCUUUCCCAUCACUCCCACCCCUCAAGAAGUGCACAGCAAGGCAUCCCAGCUGCUGGCCUGCUCCUCCCUGAGCAGCAGCCUGCACCUCAGCCUAGACCUGCAACUCCAGGACUUGGAUCGGCGCCAGGAGUGGAGGAGGAAGUUGGAGCAGCCCCUGAAAGCCCCCCUGCAGAAACCAAUCCCCCUGCUGCUGAAGAGGAGACCCGAGGAACUUGUCUCGAAGUUUCAGGGCUUCUUCCCCGCCAUACUUGGGUCUAGUGCAAAGCCCCCGCUGCCUAUCCAGUUCCCAGGCUGCGUGCCCAACUCGGUGGUGCUGCAGCAGUUGUGGCUAUGUCGGGAGCUGAAGGAGCUGACAUCCCUCUCACAAAUGCUUCUCUGUCACCAGCUUCCCAAUCAGCACCAGAUGAUCAAGGCCUGGGGCAAAGUUUGGCCAUCCCUCAAGAGGUGGCUAUGGCGGCGGAAGUUGAUCCUGUAUGGGGAUAAGGAGGAGGAGGAGGAGCAGGUCUCGGACUCGGGGAGCAUGAACGUGCAGCAGGUCACCGUGGAGGGCAAGCAGGAGCUACAGGUCUUGGAGCAACUCCUGCAGAGACAGACCCAUGGUGGUAGCCCCUUAGAUAAUGCUGAGCGCCGCCAGCAUGCCCUACACUCUAUGAGAGAGGAGCGCUAUCGGCAUCUACCUGCGUUCCUGACUUUCUUCGUUCUCCAGAACUGGUUUAAAAGGCUCUUCCCCACCUUCACCCUGGAGGCAUACCCCGAGAUGGGCACAGUAGAUGGCCUGGCCUUGCAGUUUAUGGACCUGUUAGGAGAAGCAUCCUGGACUGAUCGCAUCCACCUUCUGCACGCACUGCAGAGGCUGCUCCCCAGCAUGAGCCAGAAGCUGCGUGACCGGCUGCACGACCUCAUGGUCUUCAUGCUCAACCAGGAGGAGCCCCCCCACCUGGAGGAUGAGACACAGAAGAAGUUCGUGAUGCUGGCACUGCAGUUGCUUCUGUCCUGCUCCCUAGAGUCCAGAGAGGUGAUAGUGCAACUCUUGUCCUACUUCCUCUACUCGCCAGUCUCCUGCUGGCCUGAGAUCCAGAGUUUGCUGGCCAAGCUAGGCCUUUGUGACCCACAUGGAUUCCUGUUCAAGGACAUGCUGACCUGGGUGCAAGGCCCAGACUUCUUUUCCAAGGCCCUCCUGCACAAGCGCUGCCAACAGAAGCUGGAGGAGCUGAUGCAGAACAUGGAGAUGGCGGAUACUACACCACCACUGACGGACACUACAUCAGAGCUGCUAUCCAUUUCAGCACAUCCCCGUCUUUCCAAGGACACUCUGCUGCAGAUGCCGUCCAUCUCCAAGGCACCCACUCCCACCCCUCCGAGGCUUACAAUGGUGGCCUUGCCCAGGGAGGCGGAGGGGAAGCCGGGGGAGAUACAGCUCCUGAUGCCCUCAGCCCAGCCCCUCAGCCUCAGGCCCACCCGUCACAUGCUCUCGGAGAUUCUGCUGCAGUUCUCCUCGCACGUCUCGCACACCUCCAUUCUUGAGGAUUCCCUGCCGCAGGAACACUCAGACUGGUCACGGAUGCAGGUGCUGGACCUGAAGGCCAUGGACGCACUCAAUUUCUUCUGUGAGCAGAUGAGUGCCCGGGAGGGUUUCUUCCAACCGGAGAGGCUGGAGAGGAGGUUCCUGGACCUCCACGUCGGUCGCAGCCUGCUUACAGGGAGCACCAAAGUGGUGGUGCCCCAGACCAAGACUGGCGGCCGCAAAGGGCAAUACCGCAUUCACCGGCUGCAGGAGAUCCAGGCCCGGGUCCCUGCGCGGCGAACUAGGGCAGCGGCUGCGUGGCAGAGAGGCCCGAAGCCGACUCAGCCUUUGGGCCGCAUCCGGGCGCUGAAGCUGCCUCUGCCACGAGCGGAACUCCGGCCCUUCCCACCGGGCUGGCCCCGACCGGCCCGCCCGCUUCCCCCUCUGCUGCUGCAGCCCGCCCUGCAGCGCUACUUUGUGCCCCAGAGCUCUGAUCCUGACAGAUAUACCUAAGAGCCAGAGGCCUCCGACUGGACCCCACCUGCCCCAGAGCCCUUUCCUGUCCUCUGCCUGGCCAGUCGCCCCUGACCCUGCCCAGGCUGGAAUAAAGAGCAGUGGCCACACAC